CAAGGCGAUUGAACUCUCUACACUUCCUCUCCCUCGUCUUCUCCUUAUAUAUUUCUUUCUCCGGCGUACUCCUUACGAUCCCUUCCUCCGGCGAAUCGGCUUUGUGAACAACACUAUUGGUGAUCUACAGAAGCAAAGCUGACCUUAUUUGGGUUUGCUGAGCAGUUCAAUGGGCACUAUUUUGAAUCAUCCUUAUAUCUAGGGAUAUUUGUAACGUAAAACAGUCAAGAUUCAAAGUUCCUGUAAUUUGUAACUUUGCUACAUUUAUUUGAUCUGUGCAAUUUUGAAGAAGUAUGAUGGCCUGAAAUGGAAUGAUGCCUCCCAUGUCUCUUCUUUCCCUCUUGAAUUUAGAAAUUUGUAGAUGUUCAUUGAUUACUAAUUUAGAAAGAAUUUGGCAUCUUUAACUUGUGUUGUUUGAUUGACUGAGCUCUGAGAAAUUCUCUUACUAUUUCAUCAAUGGAGAGCUUAGCGCAACUUGAAGCAUUGUGUGAGAGGCUUUACAAUUCACAAGAUUCUGCUGAGCGAGCUCAUGCAGAGAAUACCCUGAAAUGCUUCUCAGUAAAUAGCAGCUAUAUUUCACAAUGUCAAUACAUUUUGGACAAUGCAUCGACUCCUUAUGCAUUGAUGCUGGCUAGUUCAAGCUUGUUGAAGCAAGUGACAGAACAACGCCUAUCUUUGCAGAUCCGGCUUGAUAUUCGUAACUAUCUCAUAAAUUACCUGGCAACAAGAGGAACAGACUUGGAGCCUUUUGUAACUGCAUCUUUAAUUCAACUGUUUUGCCGAGUUACGAAGUAUGGUUGGUUUGAGGAUGACAGUUUUAGAGAGGUGGUCAAAGAAUCCACAAGCUUUCUGAAUCAGGUAAUGAUGUUUAAGAUCUUCUUUUAACCUCUAGAGUACAUGAUAGGGAUGGGGGAGCUGCACAAGAUGAUGGGUUGAGGACCUUUAAAGCUUUUUUUGCUUGUAUCUGGUUUUUUGAAAAUUCAGAACUUCUUGGUUCUAUAAUUGGAAUGUAGUAUGUUAUCUUCCUGUAGAGUCUUCUUACUGUGCUCUUCCUGUUUUCCUUCUCUUUGGAAUGUGCAAGCAACUACGUCUAUACUGCUAAACUUUUUGGCCACACCUUCUUUUUGCUUGAAAUUUCUGAGAUCUCAUUUUCCAUAGUUGGCAUCUUAUUUUUUGAGACUAGUGCUCUUGGUUGGCCUGAGUGUUCUUUUCUUUGUUUUUGGUUUGUUUUCUAGCUAUAUUCACUAGAUUUUACCUGCAGAAAAUACCACUUUUUGUGAUAAUUGAUUAGUCUGGCUUUGCAACUGGGUUGAAAAAUUGUAAGUUGCUUGGGCUUUGUGUCUGAUACAUUGUAAGAUCUUGGUUUGAACUUAUAUUGCUUGGAUCCUCCAAAACUUUCACCGCACUGGUGUUGGAUCCUCCAAAACAACGCAAUUUUGAGGAUUCAACACGGGUGCAACGACUUUUUUGGAGGAUCCAAGCAGUAUAGGCUGGAACAUGACAACAAAACAAUCUAACAAAUACAUAUUGAAAAAGUCAAAGCAGGAAGGUUGUUCACAUGAAGGACAUGCUAGAAAAACUAAGCGUCAACCUUGAAUGCCAAAGAAACUCAGUUUCAAUAAGAAAAAAUGACUGAGGCCUUAAUAAUUACUCCCUCGGUCCCAAUUUAUGUGUCACUCUUUCCUUCUUAGUCAGUCCGAAAAAGAAUAUUACUUUUCCUUAUUUAGAAACAAUUUAUCUUUAGACUUCCUGCUUUACCCUUAAUGCUACACAAUAUCUAUAGUUUGUUUUAGACCACAAGUUUCGAAAGUCUUCCUUUUUUUCUUAAACUCUGUGCCGAGUCAAACACCGCCAUAUAAAAUGGGACAGAGCCACAAAGGAAGUAUUUAUAGAGAGUAAAAUAGGAAGAAAAGAACCCUCAGGGGCUGGCCUGGUGGCAAUUGACUUGAGCCUUGGGGUUUGUUCCCUUUCAAGGU